UUCAAACUAGCGUUGGAACUUGCAUUUUCAAUGCUCUCAUUUGACUCUCAAUUGCAGCAAUUGCAACUUGACGCCCAUGCACCCGAACUCUCCAUUCUUUUACAUGGCAUGCUAUUCACUAACAUCCAACUUGACAACUUCUUGCCAACCCUCGCUCACUUCCUUGAGUGCAUUGAAAUUGAAGGAGCUGAGGAACACGAGUGGAUCAUGAUGACUGUUGUGAACAUUAGUGCCAUGCUUGAAUAUGGUCGUCCAAGUGGCAUGCUGUGUAAGAUUGGUGGUGUAGGUGCUCAUGACACUGGCACAGGUGUUCCAGCUGUAAAGGUUGCCAAGAAGUAUCAAGUCACGCCCGCAUUCCGCGAUGAAGACGGUGAAGAGAAAUGGAUGGACGUGGAUGACAAAGGCACUCAACAAACAUCUCCAGCUCUAUCAGAUGCAAAUAUCCCUAUGGAGCUACCAGUGUCAUUCAAACUAGUGUUGGAACUUGCAUUUUCAAUGCUCUCAUUUGUUCUUCACAAU